CUGUGCGCCGAUAACGGAGCGCUUUGGUGCACUUGGAAUGCAAUAGUCGCCGCCUUGGACGCAUCGUGACGAGCGGAGCAGCGUCCGAUUUGUAUUUGUACUCGAAGACCGUGGAAAUCCGUUCUUUCCUAGGAGGAAGGUCUGCGAACAAUUUCGACAAGGUUGUUUACGUCGAGACUGUAGUCUCCUUCUUCCGAUAUCAAAACGGAUAUCCUUUUCGAGCGAAUGUAGGACAGCACGCCUGCGAAAAGCGACCCAAGGGGUUUACUUUCGUGGUACCACAAAAUAGCGCGCUAUCGAUACUCCGAUUACAUCAUGGUGUGGGGCACAACUACAAUCUUCCUUGACCACAUCCUGCGAUUUCUAAUUAAAUACAACGAUCUGUCCCGGUUGAUUAGGCCUCAGUCCCAGGCAAAUACCUGAAACUGUAGCGAAUGUCGGUACUCCGCGUUGAGUUUGCGCGCGAAAAUGAUCGCGUGCGACGAGAAUUACGUGAAUCUGAUCGUCGCCCUCGAGAACGACGACGUCGAUACGGCUACGCGUGUUCUCGCUGGAGACUUCGAUCGGAAAUUUUUGCAGCCGAUCGGUGUUCUUCGAGUGAACGCGGUUCAUCUGGCUGCUUGGCACGGGAGAACGGAGUUGCUGAACCUAUUGCACGAAAACGGCGCCGACGUGAACACCGCGGACAAAAUCGGACGAUGCGCCUUGUUCCAUGCGGCUCAUCGUGGCAACGAUGAAACGGUGCACUGGUUGCUGAAACGAGGAGCGUACACGGAAAGCAGAGUCGGAAUCGAUUCCUGCUCCAAGGAAUUCAACGAUUCGCCCAUGGAUCCGUGUUUCAUAGGCCGAAACUUACCAAUCCCGGAGUGUUGGGGCAGAACUCCCCUGCACCAGGCUGCGAAGAACAAUCACGCCGAAGUAAUUAGACUUUUGGUAAACGCCAAGGCUGACGCAAAUGUUGAAGACGAUCGAGGAAUUACCCCGUUACUUCUGGCAGGAUCCUCCGUGGUUCGAGAGGAUGCCAAUGAGAUGUCCAAGUUUGUAGCCAUCGUCGAGACACUCGUGAGAGCGGAGGCGUUGACGAACGUCGUUCAUCCUGAUACAGGUACCACGCCGCUGCAUCACGCAGCAGCCUUGGGGAGUCCGUUGGCAACGAAAAUAUUGUUGGAUGGAGGUGCGUGGCCUCUCUACCGAUGCAAGAGUACAGGAAACACCCCUGUUCACAUCGCUGCCACCAUUGGAAGCCUGGACACCCUUUUGGUUCUCCUCGAUGCGAUAUCUCCCGAACAGGUCGACAUCAGAGACGAGAUUAAUCGGACACCGCUGCACAGAGCUUCUUAUCAAGGACACCAUCGAUGCGUUCAGACACUAAUCGAUCGAGGAGGAAACCUAGCAGCGAAAACGAAGACCGGUGUCACGGUGAUCGAUGCAAUCUUUGCUCACAUACAGAAACCUGUGUUGUUUUUAAAGGACAUCUUGGAUUCUCGAGUGCGAGUGAACAGCAACGUCGCGGAUAAGAACUCGCAUAUCACCGUAGACUUCGACGUCCUGGCUCCAGAAGGAGAGCUGCAAAUGGGAGUGAUAGCAUCCCUGAUCGCGGCAGCGUCGGGUGUAGAACAAUUAACGAUACUGCGACAUCCGUUGGUGGAAACCUUUCUCUGGUUGAAAUGGUCAAAGCUGAGAGUGUUCUUCUUUAGUCUCGUUCUCGUCCACGCUCUGUUCGUUUUAUCCUUGUCCGGUUACUCCAUAAUUCUGCUGCAAUACGAGACCGAUCACGCAUUAUUAAGAAGAAUUCUGGCUUUCUGUUCGUGCGUCCUCCUGUUUCACAACAUGGCCCAAGUGUUGAUGGUGCCAAGAUAUUAUUUGAGGCAGUUCGAGACGUGGCUGACGUUCGCAUGCGCGACGAUAUCGCUGCCGGUGUCGGUAAGUAGCGGUUACACGGGAGAGAUUGUAAUCCAGGAAAGGGGAAAAGUAUUAAACGCCCCUCAACAACCCUCGCAAUGGGUGUUACAUUCCAUCAGCGUGGCAAUCUUGCUCGGUUGGAUACAAAUGAUGCUGUUAGUUGGCCGUCUUCCGACGUUCGGAUAUUACGCCCUCAUGUUCUCCACGGUCUUGAAGAAUAUUCUGAAGGUUCUCCUAGCGUUCGUCUGCCUGAUUGUCGGAUUCGCGUUGAGCUUCGCCGUUUUGUUCCACGGGAACGACCAGUUUCGCGAUUCCUGGAGGGCCGUCGUGAAGACCGUGGUAAUGAUGAUGGGUGAGUACGAGUACGGGGCCCUGUUCUCGGACGGAAAGAAUGGGAGUUCCUUCCUACCAUCCACGAGCAGGCUCGUGUUCCUCGCUUUCGUCAUGCUCGCUAGUAUCGUCCUGAUGAACCUGAUGAUCGGCCUCGCGGUCAAUGACAUCCAGGGCCUCGAGAAAGAGGGUCACAUUCGUCAGUUGCUGAAGCAGGCCGAGUUCGUUAGCCACUUGGAAAUGCUGACAUCACACCGAAUCUUUCGCAGCAAUUGGCUACAUCCUCGGUUAAGUUCGCUGCUAGACUCGAGACGCGGCAUUCCCACAAAAAUUACGUUCGGCUGUCGCGAGCAUUAUUUCCAUGAAUCAUCGCCCGGCAUCCCGACGAAGUUAAAGGAGUCGUUGUUCCUGUUGGCCUCGAGAAAUGCGCGCGACACCGAGAGCUCGAUAACGAGCGGCGUUUACGAAAACAACAACAACGCGGAAUUAACGUCGCUGUUGGAAGAAGUGCUGCUACAGUUAAGGACAUCUUAUUAUCCUUGCCAGACGAGACGAAAGUUUUCCAAGUCCUUAAAAAAUCAAGCGCGUCGGAGAGAAAGUACCAAUGUGUAAAACAGAAUCUAUGGUCCUCGCAUAUUUUCGUUAAAACAUUAACUACUCGCUACUGUAAUCACUUAAUACGAUGAUGCUAUAAUGUAAUUUGAAUCGGUAUUGAUAAUAGUGCAAUAUUAAAAAAAAUACUCACGAAAUCGUAAAAAUCGUACGGAUACGUACGUAAGUACAUUCGUAGAUAGCGCCAAUCGUCGAUAGCGUGGUUCAGUGACUUACCGACGAAGCGCUGCACAGUUUAAAAUGGAUAUGGCUGCAUAGAUGUCUCUGCCAGACCGUCUCAUUCUUUGGGGUUAGUAACGCGGGCGCUUCGACCAGAUUCGAAUAGGAUCAUUGAAAAUGGUGUGCAGUUCGUUCAGUAUUUGAAAUUAUACAAGUUCAUUCGACGCGUAACCGUCGAUAUCUCAGAUUUAUACGCAGACUUGUGAAAUUGUUGACAGUUGACAGAAGUGCACUAACAGAAAUCGAGUCAUGGUCAGCUUUGAAGUCUGUGGACGUCUGAGCUACAAUGUAGCGUAUCCUUUUACCGUGAUAUGUUUACUUCGUACACUUAACCUCUGAAUAACAAUUGUGCGCGAAAUAUAUUCAACGUAAAAGAUAGUCAUACGAAAAGAACAUA